AUGGGAAAUUGUCUGCACAGCGUCACAAAAUGCUGCGAUAGGCCCAAGAAGCCCUACAUGAGAAUAAGCUUGCCGGCUGUUUGCGUCGUUUGGCAAACGGCUAUGAUUAUCCUGUUCGGGGUGUUCAUUCGGUACGACGAAGAGUCGAGUACUCGCUGGUCAGAGUACAGAAAAGAGCACAACAUCUCCAGUGAUGUUGAGAAUGACUUCUACUUCAGGUACCCAAGCUUCACAGACGUGCAUGUGAUGGUCUUCCUGGGCAUCGGGCUGCUGUACGCCUUCCUGAAGCGCUACAGCUUCAGCAGCAUCGGCUUCAACUUCCUCAUCGCCGCCUUCGGCAUCCAGUGGUCACUGCUGAUGCAGGGCUGGUUCCACUCGCUCGACCACACCGACGGCAAGAUCAAGAUCGGCCUAGAGAGCUUGAUCAACGCAGACUUCUGCAUCGCGGCUGUCCUGAUCGCCUUAGGGGCGGUGCUGGGGAAGGUGAGCCCCGUGCAGCUGAUGGUCAUGACCCUGCUGGGAAUCACGCUCUUCGCCGUCGAGGAGUACAUCAUCCUCAGCCUCCUCCAUGCCAAAGAUGCCGGCGGCUCCAUGGUGAUCCACACCUUUGGGGCAUAUUAUGGUCUGGCCAUCUCCUGGGUGCUGUACCGGCCCGACCUGGGGCAGAGCAAGCAUCUGAUGGGCUCCACCUACCACUCUGACGUCUUCGCCAUGAUCGGUACCUUGUUCCUGUGGGUUUUCUGGCCCAGUUUCAACUCGGCCAUCACAGACCACGGUGACGGCCAGCACCGCACUGUCAUCAACACCUACCUGUCGCUCGCCGCCACGGUUCUCACCACUGUCGCCAUCUCCAGCGUCUUCCAGAAGGAAGGCAAAGUCGACAUGGUCCAUAUCCAGAACUCCACUCUGGCGGGUGGCGUCGCCGUGGGAACGGCGGCGGAGUUCAUGCUGACGCCGUACGGGUCUCUAAUAGUGGGCUCCUGCUGCGGAAUCAUCACCACCAUCGGAUACAUCUUCAUAUCACCCUUCCUGGAGGAGAGGCUGAAGAUUCAGGAUACGUGUGGCAUCCACAACCUGCACGCCAUGCCGGGUGUCAUCGCAGGCAUUGUGGGGGCCAUCACCGCAGCGGCCGCCAGCCCCGAGGUCUACGGGCACGAGGGGUUAAUCAACGUGUUUGACUUUGUGGGGGAGUUCAAAGACCGCACCCCCACCAUACAGGGAGGUUACCAGGCUGCUGGGCUCUGUGUGGCCAUCGUGUUCGGCAUUGGAGGAGGGAUACUGGUUGGUCUGGUCCUCAAGCUGCCCAUCUGGGGGGAUGUGGCCGAUGACCAGUGCUUCGAUGACACAUAUUACUGGGAGGUAAGGAUGGAUGUGCCAGAGAAGGAGGAACUUCUGCCUCCCGUCCUGGAGUACAACCUGCACAUGACCCCAAACAAGAGGACUGAUAGCUCGUAA